AACAGGCUGCUUAGUGGGGUAGGAUAUAUUUAAUAUCACCCAGACGUGUUGCGAGAUGACAUAAACACAUUGUAUGCUCGUUUGUUUUAAUGAAACCGCGGGCGUUUUUGGAGUUUUAUUCAAAACACAUUCUUGUCAAACCAGUCUGUCAAGUUUCAGGUAAGGUAGGUAGCCAUUACGCAGGUGAAAGGAGUGAACAGAAACUAACGUUAGACGACACUGUUGUUUGUGGCGAGGACAGAGCAAACAUGGUACAGUAACCAGAAACUAGAAGACCAUACUGGGGAGAAAUUAUAGACAUACAAGGAAUAGCCUAUUGUGAGCGACCUUCAGACGUCUCAUUACCAUGAGUCGGGAGCGAUCAGACUCCCAGGGGUCACUGGGCCCUGACGAUGAGGUCAUGCCGUACAGUGACGACGAGACGGAUGAUGAGUUGGACCCCGGCUCAGACGAAGAGGGGCCCCCGGGGGGACCGCAGCCUGAAGAGAUCAAGAGCACCGAGUCUGGUUGGAGUGUCAAAGCGAACGACAGAGCCUUCUGUAACCUGCCAGAGUUUCAGAAAAAAUACCUUUUGUGUCUCAAGAAGAGCAAGUACGCAGGGAAUGGAAUCAAGACGUACAAAUAUAACGCCUUGACGUUCAUCCCACUGAAUCUGUUCGAGCAGUUCAAACGAGUUGCCAACCUUUACUUCCUGGCCCUGCUCAUCCUACAGAUUAUUCCUGAGAUCACCACGUUGCCUUGGUACACGACCUUAGUGCCUUUAGUUCUGGUGCUGGGAAUCACAGCCAUCAAAGACCUAGUGGACGAUCUGGCCCGCCACAGGAUGGACAAGGAGAUCAACAACAGGAAGUGUGAUGUCCUCCUGGAUGGCAGGUUUCAAGAGUCGAAGUGGAUGAACAUCCAUGUCGGUGAUGUGGUUCGUUUGAAGAAAAAUGAUCACAUCCCGGCCGACAUUCUGUUGUUGUCCAGUUCAAACCCCAACAGUCUUUGUUAUGUGGAAACUGCCGAGCUCGAUGGGGAAACCAACCUGAAGUUCAAGAUGGGUCUGAAAGUAACAGACGAGAGACUGCAGGAGGAGGGCCAGCUGGCACAGUUUGACGCCAUGAUAGUGUGUGAGGAGCCUAACAACCGUCUGGAUAAGUUCACGGGGACCAUGCGUUGGAGGAAAGACGAAUUCCCUCUGGAUCUGGACAAUAUGAUGCUGAGAGGAUGUAGGAUCAGAAACACUGACGAGUGUCACGGACUGGUCAUCUUCGCAGGCGCUGACACUAAAAUCAUGAGGAAUGGGGGCAAGACCAGGUUCAAGAGGACUAAAAUCGAUGAGCUGAUGAACUACAUGGUGUAUAGUAUCUUUGUCAUCCUGAUCCUGGUGUGUGCUGGCCUGGCCAUCGGAAACUCCUUCUGGUACGAGGAGGUAGGCAGCAGGGCCUGGUAUCUGUAUGACGGUAAGGACCAGACUGCUUCUUACAGAGGUUUCCUCAGCUUCUGGGGGUACAUCAUCGUGCUCAACACCAUGGUUCCCAUCUCCCUCUACGUCAGUGUGGAAGUGAUUCGUUUGGGCCAGUCGAAGUUCAUCAACUGGGACCUUCAGAUGUACUACCAGGAGAAAGACACGCCAGCCAAGGCCCGUACCACCACCCUCAACGAACAACUGGGUCAGAUCGAGUACGUCUUCUCAGACAAGACCGGUACCCUCACGCAGAACAUCAUGGCCUUCAAGAAGUGCACCAUCGCCGGACGCACCUUCGGUGACCCCACCACUGCCGAGGGAGUGACUCUGAAUCGUGGAAAGCCAGUGGAUUUCAGCUGGAACAAGUACGCAGACAGCAAGUUUGAGUACCUUGAUCAUUCCCUGGUGGCCUGCAUCCGGUCCAAGAAGGACAAAGAAACGCUGGAGUUCUUCAAGUUGCUGUCUCUGUGUCACACUGUCAUGGUGGAGCAGAAAGAAGAUGAGUUGGUGUACCAGGCAGCCUCUCCUGACGAGGGAGCUCUGGUGACGGCUGCCAGGAACUUCGGUUUUGUGUUCCUGUCCCGUACCCAGGACACCAUCACCAUCAGCGAGAUGGACCAGGAGAUGACCUACGAGGUGUUGGCCCUGCUCGACUUUAACAGCGACCGCAAACGCAUGUCCAUCAUCCUGAGGUUCCCCGAUGGCCGGAUCCGUUUGUACUGUAAAGGCGCAGACACGGUCAUCUACGAACGCCUCUCUCCUAACUCCAGACACAAGGAAGUGACCCAGACUGCUCUGGAUAUCUUUGCCAACCAGACUCUCCGGACCCUGUGUUUGUGUUAUAAGGAUAUCAGUAAGCAGGAGUUUGACGCCUGGGCUAAGAAGCACAAGGAUGCCAGUGUUGCUAUGGGCAACAGGGAGGCUGCUCUAGAUCGAGUGUAUGAACAGAUUGAGAACAACCUCAUGAUGAUCGGAGCGACUGCCAUCGAGGACAAGCUCCAGGACGGGGUUCCUGAGACCAUCGCCAAGCUGGCAAAGGCUGACAUCAAGAUCUGGGUUCUCACUGGAGAUAAGAAAGAAACGGCUGAGAACAUUGGCUAUUCCUGUGAGCUGCUUACCGAUGACAUGCAGAUCCACUAUGGAGAUGAUAUCAAUGAGAAGCUGCGACUCAGACAGGCAAGCCGGAGGGACCAGCUGCCUGCGUCCGGCCGAACCAGGAAGAAGGUUCCGGAUCCGUUCUUCCCCGAGCCUGGCAAGAACGCACUCAUCAUCACUGGAGGCUGGCUGAACGAGAUCUUAUACGAGAAAAAGAAGAAACGUCGUCGCCUUCGCUUGAAGCGUCUCGGACGUAGACCCGCCUCUGCCACGCCCCAGGACUCCACCCAGCCAAUCGACGACUGGGAGAAGGAGAGUCGUCAGGUGGACUUUGUGAACAUGGCGUGCGAGUGCGAGGCGGUCAUCUGCUGCCGGGUCACGCCAAAACAAAAGGCCAACGUGGUCAGCCUGGUGAAGAAGUAUAAGAAGGCUGUCACGCUGUCCAUCGGAGACGGAGCCAACGACGUCAACAUGAUCAAGACUGCAGACAUCGGUGUGGGUAUAUCUGGACAGGAGGGCAUGCAGGCGGUGAUGUCCAGUGACUAUGCCUUCGCUCAGUUCCGGUACCUGGAGCGUCUCCUGCUGGUCCACGGUCGCUGGUCCUACAUCCGCAUGUGCAAGUUCCUCCGCUACUUCUUCUUCAAGAACUUUGCCUUCACCCUGGUCCACUUCUGGUACUCCUUCUUCAAUGGGUUCUCAGCUCAGGUUGCCUAUGAAGAUUGGUUCAUCACCUUGUACAAUGUGAUGUACAGCUCUCUUCCUGUCCUGCUGGUUGGCUUGUUGGAUCAGGAUGUGAACGACAAGCUGAGCAGGAAGUUUCCCAAGUUAUACCUUCCUGGUCAGCAGGGGGCGCUGUUCAACUACAAGAACUUCUUCAUCAGUCUGUUCCACGGCAUCUUCACCUCUCUGGUGGUCUUCUUCAUCCCGUACGGGGCGUUCCUCCAGACCAUGGGGCAGGACGGAGAGGCACCGUCAGACUACCAGUCCCUGGCUGUGGUCAUGGCCUCUUCUCUCAUCUUCACCGUCAACCUGCAGAUAUCUCUGGAGACGUCAUACUGGACCUUUGUGAACUGCUUUGCAGUCCUCUGCAGUAUAGCCAUAUACUUCGGCAUCAUGUUCGAUAUCCACAGUGCAGGAAUCCACGUCAUCUUCCCAUCAACCUUCACUUUCACCGGUGUAGCCCCUAACGCGCUCAGACAGCCCUAUCUGUGGCUGACCAUCAUCCUGACUGUGGGAAUCAGCCUGCUACCUGUCAUCUUCAUUCAGUUCCUCUGCAAAACCAUAUGGCCGUCCGUUGGAGACAACGUCCAGAGGAACAGGAAGAAGUAUGAGGAGGAAGAGGAGGAGGAGAAGAAGAAACCGGCUCCGUUCCAGCGCGACAGACGCUCCCGCCGCUCGGCCUACGCCUUUUCUCACUCCCGGGGUUACGCCGACCUCAUCGCGUCAGGCCGCAGCAUCCGACGGCGGCCUGCUGUAGCUCGCCCCGACCCAAGGGACAGUAUUACAGAGGUCCCCCCAAGCCAGUAACAUAUGAGGGGGACUCACCGGCCUGGCACUAGACUGGUCAUAGAUCUGUUUGUGCGGUCUUGUCUACUCAGACUUGCAUAUGGAAAGAAUAGGUAUAAAAAUGUAUAGAUUUAAAAUUACAUGAUGUCUAUGGUGACAAUGACCAGAGGAGUUGGCAGGACAACACAAACAGAUCUGGGAUCAGGCUAGCCUGUCCCUAUUUUUUUAUUUUUUAUUUUACCUUUAUUUAACUAGGCAAGUCAGUUAAGAACAAAUUCUUAUUUUCAAUGACGGCCUAGGAACUAUGCAUCUGGAACUGAGAACAUACCGCUGGGCCUCAUCUCACUGACCUGGCACGGUCGGAAUCUAUGCAAAGACUCUAACCAUCCAAAAGCUCAGUGAAACACCACUGUUGGGGUUCAUGUUUUUAUACGGUUUAGUGCGAAAACAAAAAACAAUGUUUUAAUCUCCAGGAUUUUUAAAAGUCUUAUUUUAGUUCUCCUCACCUGGAUGGUUGGAGCAUUGCUCGUCAUCAUUGGGCACUCCUGACAUACCUUGGCCCGUAUUCAUGAAGCCUCAAGGGUUAGAGCGCUGAUCUAGGACAAGGUCCCCCUCCUCCCGUACAUGUAAUCUUAUUCAUAUGAUCAAAAAGGGGAAAUGUAUGUUUGAGCAGCACUUUGUGAAUGCGGGCCAUGGAGGAUUUGGUUAUGUUGCCUAUCACGGUGUAAUAAUGCUAUCUAUUGCAGGGGGUUGCAUUUCAUCUGGAUCUUGGGAGUUUUAUUUUUUUUAUUUUUUUUCGUCUUAAUUUAAUAUAUUGUGAUUAUUAUUGUUGGUUUUGGAUUUAAAUUUACUGGAUCUGUUUUUAAAUGCGUACUUGCAGUCAGAAGGGUGUCAUAAUCAAUCAUAUUUUAUUCAUGCUCAAGAAUUUCAGCUUUUUUUUUUUUUUUUUUGUCGGCUCAUAAGGAAGCUCCGAACUAGAUGAUACAUUUUUUGUCCCUUCAUUUUAUGGUGUCUGUACUGCUGUAAGUCAUUUGACAUACUUCAUAUGGACAUGGUUGUAUUGUACACAUGCUUUUUAAAGAUGAACCAGUUGUUUACAUCAGCCCCUAUAGAACCCCGCUGCACCUCUGGACACGCGCUAGCUGUUGUUUUACCUGAGCCAAAUAACCCCCUUUUCAAAAUCAAAACCGGAUGCUAGUCGCCUGCUAGUAGUAUUCUGAGAUGCCAGUAGACACAUCUCUCUAAUUUUAAUCUAUGAAGUAUGAAUGGAUUCGAUGAUUUGCCAUUUUAAUGCUGUCUUUCUAUUGACUUGACAUUUCAUAACAUUUUAUAUAGUCGGACCAUAGUGAACCAGAAUGAGUUCUAUUUCUGUCUCCGUCUACAAGGAUGCGGGCAUUUGCAUUGAGACUCAGCCAUGGUUAUUUGCCAAAUACACAAUUUUCCUUUUAUAUAUAUCAGCCUUGAAUCAAUAUGAGCAUUCAACUGAAACAAUACUCUGCGAGUGUGUCAGAAAUAGCACUUUAAUCCUUAUAUAGUGCACUACGUUGGACCAGGGCUCUGGUAGAAAGUAGUGCACUAUAUAGGGAUUAAAGUGCCAUUUGGGACAGUCGUGUUUAUUCUGUUACAUACUUGUUUCUCUGUGUAUAAAGUGACAUAUCUACACAAACCUUGAGCAAAUAGUUAGUCCAUUUGGGAUACAGACACAGAUCCAUUGGACAACUCCUUAUCACUACCGUUUUAAAAACUUGUUUUUAGCAUUUUGUGUAAAAAUGACUUUGAAUAAAAACUACCGAUACAGAGAA